AUGUCAACAUACUGCAGUAGGCGCUACUUUGGUUAUUUGACGAGACGCUGUCAACAUACUGACAAUACCCUGUCAACAAAUUGUCGUAGGCCAAUACACUGGUUAUCUGAAAAUACCCUGUCAACAAACUGUAGUAGGCCGAUACUCUGGUUAUCUGACAAGAUCCUGUCAACAUACUGCUGGAGGCCGACACUCUUGUUAUCUGACAAGACCCUGUCAACAUACUGUAGUAGGCCGAUACUCUGAUUAUCUGACCGGUCCCGGUCAACAUACUGUAGUAUGCUUGUUACGGAUACAGGUAUCCUGUGUCUUUUUGUGUUUUUUCUCUCCUUCUGCCCUAAUCACAGGUGUCCUGUAUGUUCCUGAUUGGUGGUCGUUGGGGUGUCUGCUGAUUGCUGAGGUGGACCAAUCAGUGGACAUUCCUCUGCAUUGCACCACCUGUUUCUGGUUUUUCAAUCACAUAUCCCAUUGUUUAAAAGCCGGUCAGUUGUGUUUGUUGUUAGAGACUAUUUCCGUAUGUGAGUAUGGAUACUGUGUUUUGUGUACUCACUAAUUUGCUGGUUACUCUGUUUGGUAACUUUGUUAGGCUAUUUUCUGUAUGUGAGUAUGGAUACUGUGGUGUCCUGUGUUUUGUGUACUCACUCAUUUGCUGGUUACUCUGUUUGGUAACUUUGUGUGUUUCUGGGAAAAGAGGAAUUUAAGCAAGUUGCCCUUGGGCGUACAUUACCCGUAGGAAGAAUAUUGUCUAAAAACACUAGUUAGACCUGAGCGGACCACCCACUGUAAUUUUUGUAUGAUUAGCAGUAGCUUAGCGGUUCUUGAGGCAGGCAAGAUCAGUUUAGGGGUGUUUUACACUAUUGUUUCAUUUCUUGGGUCCUGCUCAGUCCUUUUUCCCAAACCUUUACCGUGUGUUCAAAAAUAAACCUUUUAUGUUUGACGGUAGUUUAUGGUUGUCGUGUAGUUUUUGUUCUCACUGUUCCAUGUCACGAUUCUAAUUUGCAUGAAUUAUGUUACGGGUCUCUUGUCCAUCCACCCUAGACGUUUAAAGCCACGGGGUUCGUAACAUCAUGUGGGGGUUCGUCCCGGGAUCAUUCUCAUUGAUACCCAUGCUACUCAUGCAAAUUAGUUAGUGUCUGGUUCAGUGUUGAGCUUGGCAGCUGUAGUACUGGUUUUGUUUUCAGUAUUCGUCGGCUCGUGUUGCUAGUUUAGGAUGGCUACUUUUGAGUUGGAUGCAUUUUUGGAAAACCCUUCGUGGGAGGUUUUUGAGAAUUGCCGUAGAGUGGAUCUACAGGCUUUGGCUGACCACUUUUCUGUACCCAUAUCAAGGGUUUUAGUGAAAGCAGAAGUUAGGAAAGCAGUGUUAGAGAUAUUAUUGAACGAACGAGUGCUUGAAUUACCGCCGCCUGACCCUGCUGCUCCUGUAGGGGAUGUGGUUGCUGCUCCUGUAAGCCCGUCGGUGUCUGAGGACGAGGCUAAGGCUCCAGCCACUUUGCCCCGUUUUGACCCACUCUCCCCACUGUCUGACAGUGAUGCCAGGAUGGAUGUCCGCUCGACACGGCUCCAAAUGGAGGCGGAAGAGCGGGCACAGAUCAGGCAAGACAAGCUGGAAAUGCGUAAGCUAGAGGCAGAACAGGAGACGCGUAAGCUAGAGGCAGAACAGGAGACGCGUAAGCUAGAGGCAGAACAGGAGACGCGUAAGCUAGAGGCAGAACAGGAGACGCGUAAGAUGGAACUGGAGACGCGUAGGCUUGAUCAAGAACUGGAGACGCGUAGGCUUGAUCAAGAACUGGAGAUGCGUAAAAUGGAACUGGAGGCAGAAACAGCGAGGUUAGUCUCUGCUCAUACUAUACCUGCUAGUGAGCCAUCCUCACCAGCUGUGUCGUCUGCUACUUUUGAUAUUAGUAGACAGAUCACCUUGGUAUCUGUGUUUAGGGAGUCAGAGGUUGAUUCCUAUUUCAGUGUUUUUGAACGUAUUGCGGUAGCAUUGAAAUGGCCCGAAGAGGUAUGGUGCCUAUUACUUCAGUGUAAAUUAACAGGUAAAGCCCAAGAGGUUCUGUCAGCGCUACCUCUUGAAGACAGCUUGAAUUAUGACGUGGUCAAAGCUACUGUUCUUCGUGCCUGUGAGCUUGUUCCUGAGGCAUAUCGACAGAGAUUUAGGUCUCAUAAAAAGUAUCCUACUCAGACUUAUGUGGAGUUUGCUAGAGACAAAGGAAAUCUGUUUGACAAAUGGCAUAGUGCUAGUAAAGUAACUGAUUUUAACUCUCUACGGGAGUUAAUCUUGUUAGACGAGUUUAAAAAUUGCUUACCCGAACGCAUUGUAGUUUAUCUGAACGAACAGAAAGUAUCCUCACUGUCGGAAGCAUCUGUAUUGGCAGACGAGUUUGUGUUGACGCAUAAGAGCGUGUUUUCGGCUCGUACGGAGAGCAGGGCCGCAGAGUUGCUAACUUUUAGUCCUAGUCGACCAGCAGUACAUCCAGCACGCCCAAAAGAUGUGCGUCACUGUUUCUAUUGUCAUAAGGUGGGACAUAUGGUUAAUGAUUGCUUUCUGCUAAAACGCAAACACGGGAUGCCUCAGCACGCCAGGCCGCCAACGGGUGUUGGGCUGAUUCGUACGGUUGUAAGGCCGGAAUCAAGACAGAGGCCUCAUAGUGAAUGUGGUUUGAAAGUCCCUGUCCCAGAUCACAGUUAUGAACCGUUAAUUUUUGAGGGGUUUGUUUCCAUAUCAGAUGACGAAGCGUCUCAGCGUCCAGUUAGAAUGCUCAGAGAUACUGGUGCGGCGCAGUCGUUCAUACUAUCUGAUGUGUUGCCCUUGUCCAAUAAUACAUAUUGUGGUUCCAGUGUGUUAGUACAAGGAAUUGAAAUGGGAUUCGUCCCGUGCCAUUGCACUUUGUGAACGUACACUCUGAGUUAGUCAGUGGAUUGUUCAGAGUUGGAGUACGUCCUAUGUUGCCAGUAAAAGGUGUGACAUUUAUAAUGGGCAACGAUAUUGCCGGAGGAAAGGUGAUACCCGUAUUGGAGGUAUUGGAUAAAAGUGACCAGUCUCUCUCCGAGGAGCUGGCACAGGGUUAUCCAGAUGUGUUCCCCGCUUGUGCUGUCACACGUGCUCAAGCACGACAAGUGGGUGAAGUGAUAGAUUUGUCGAACACGAUUCUAUUCAGAGAGUGUGACCCAGAGGAUAGUUUGGGUGCUACCUCUGGUAAGCUGGUGCAGUCUGACCAACAGCCCAGAGAAAGGAAGAAGGAUGUGGAACUUGUUGCUGAGGCAAUACCGUUAGCGGUCACUCGUGAGCAGCUGAUCGCUAACCAAAAGGUUGACAUUAGCCUGGCUAAAUGUUUUUCUAGUGUUGUCUCAGAGGAGGAGCUAAAGAAGAAAAACCUGGCAUACUUUAUUGAUGGUAAUCUCCUCAUGCGUAAAUGGACAUCCCAUGUUGACGCUGGCGGAGAUUGGAAUGCUGUUUACCAAAUAGUGAUUCCUACAGCCUUUCUACAAAAUGUUUUAUCCCUCGCUCAUGAUCACCAGUGGUCCGGACAUCUGGGAGUCACCAAGACUUAUGAUCGAGUUUUGCGACAUUUCUUUUGGCCUGGUUUAAAACAAGAUGUGGCUCAGUUCUGUCGGACUUGCCACACCUGUCAAGUAACUGGGAAACCGAACCAGGUUAUUCCUCCCGCGCCUCUUUGUCCCAUACCUGCCAUAGGUGAACCAUUCGAACAUGUGAUGGUUGAUUGUGUUGGACCAUUACCAAAGACAAAAUCUGGUAACCAGUUUAUGUUGACGAUUAUGUGUGUGGCCACCAGGUACCCAGAGGCCAUUCCUCUGCGAAGGAUUACUGCUCCGGUGGUGAGUAAAGCGUUGAUCAAAUUCUUCUCAACUUUUGGGUUACCUAAGGUGAUACAAACUGAUCAGGGUAUGAAUUUCCUUUCUAAACUUUUCAAACAAGUGUUCAAAUCCUUGUCAGUUACACACCGUGUGUCAAGCGCAUAUCAACCAGCGUCUCAGGGUGCGCUUGAACGUUGGCAUCAGACACUGAAGUCUAUGCUCCGUAAAUAUUGCUUGGAAUCUGAGAAGGAUUGGGAUGAGGGAGUUCCUCUAGUUUUGUUUGCUGUCCGUGAGACAGUACAGGAAUCCAUAGGGUUCAGCCCAGCUGAACUGGUGUUUGGACACACCAUGAGAGGACCUAUGAAAGUCCUUAAGGAUCAGUUUUUAUCACAAGAGUUGUGUGUGAAAGAAAAUGUGUUGGACUACGUUAGUCGCUUUCGUGAGUGCCUACAUGGUGCCUGUGCUCUAGCAAAUGAAGCGCUGUCUUCCUCACAGAGACGGAUGAAACGACACUAUGACACACAGGCUGUUUCUCGUUAACUGCAGCCAGGUGACCAAGUUCUUGUAUUGUUGCCGGUACCAGGAGCGUCAUUGUCAUCACGUUUCUCUGGUCCUUAUGUAAUUGAAAAGAAACUAAGUGAAACUGACUACGUGAUACAGACUCCUGAUAGAAAACGCCAAUCUUGUGUGUGCCACGUUAACAUGUUGAAGACAUGCCACACCAGACCCGUCACUCAGAUAGACAGUCCAGAGAAACUGGCCGAGUCGGCUGUCUCUAUUGCUGCUACGGCUGUAGUGGGAGGUCAUGUUAAUGAUGUGGACGGAGAUGGUUUGGAGUUGCGCAAUACUCAGCAGCAGUGUGCUAGAUUGCCCAAUUCAGAGAUGCUGCUGUCUCUCCCGUCAAGCCUGAUUCAUUUAACGGACGGACAGUCAGAUGAUAUUGUGAGACUAUUACACAGCUUUCCAUGUCUUUUUAAUGAUGUUCCUACAUGCACAAAUGUGUUAGAACAUGACAUUAAUGUUGGAAACGCUGCACCUAUCAAGCAACAUGCUUAUCGUGUCAACGUCUCUAAAAGAAAGAUAAUGAGGGAUGAGGUCGGUUAUUUGCUGGAGAAUAACCUGGCUAUGCCAAGUUCAAGUCCUUGGAGUUCUCCGUGUAUUCUGGUUCCUAAACCUGAUGGGACAUCUAGGUUAUGUACGGACUAUCGGAAGGUAAAUGCUGUCACAGUGCCCGACUCGUUCCCGUUACCCAGACUGGAUGACUGUAUUGAUACUGUUGGUGCUGCUACGUAUGUAACCAAACUAGAUCUUCUAAAAGGUUACUGGCAGGUGCCGUUAACCUCACGUGCCUCCGACAUCUCUGCCUUUGUGACCCCAGAUCACUUCCUACAAUAUGCUGUCAUGGCAUUUGGGAUGCGGAACGCACCAGCCACUUUCCAACGCCUGGUUAACACAGUAUUGGCUGGAGUUCCUGAUUGUAGUGCUUACCUUGAUUUGGGAAGGCCACUGUUACUUAUCUCGGUAAACAGGUCGGCCCAUGGUCAGGUGCGCCCUGUAGAUGCCAAGGUCUCAGCUAUAAAUGCAUUUCCCGCACCUACCACCAGAAGAGAGCUACGCCGCUUUUUAGGGAUGGUUGGCUACUACAGUAGUUUCUGUAAAAAUGUAUCUGCGGUAGUUGCUCCAUUAACGGAUUUGCUCAGUCCGGCGAGAAAAUUUGUAUGGUCUGAAGAUUGUAGUACUGCUUUCAACACUGCUAAAGCACUCUUAUGUAGUACUCCUGUUCUUGCUGCGCCAGAUUUUGAACGACCGUUUAAACUGGAGGUAGAUGCAAGUGCCAGAGGUUCUGGUGUUGUUCUACUACAGCAGGACCAGAGUGGAGUGGACCAUCCUGUCUGUUAUUUUUCACGGAAAUUUAACAAAUGUCAGACAAACUAUUCCACCAUUGAACAAGAAGCUCUAGCUUUGUUGUUAGCUCUGCAGUACUUUGAAGUUUAUGUUGGUUCCAGUACAUUACCAGUGAUAGUGUACACUGACCAUAACCCCUUAGUUUUUCUCCACCGGAUGUAAAACCAGAACCAACGCCUUAUGCGUUGGGCACUUGUAGUGCAAAAUUAUCAUUUGGAGAUCCACCACAAAAAGGGGUCGGAUAAUGUGUUGGCAGAUGCUUUUCCUCGUGUUUAAAGAUCUAGUUUUUUGUUUUGUUAUCCCGUCAGGAUGCUGUUGAUCUUUGAAUUUUGGGUGUUGUGAUGGUACGUGUGUCGCAAACCAUUGUGGUUUGCUCUUUUAAGGGUGGGAGUGUUACGGAUACAGGUAUCCUGUGUCUUUUUGUGUUUUUUUUCUCUCCUUCUGCCCUAAUCACAGGUGUCCUGUAUGUUCCUGAUUGGUGGUCGUUGGGGUGUCUGCUGAUUGCUGAGGUGGACCAAUCAGUGGACAUUCCUCUGCAUUGCACCACCUGUUUCUGGUUUUUCAAUCACACAUCCCAUUGUUUAAAAGCCGGUCAGUUGUGUUUGUUGUUAGAGACUAUUUCCGUAUGUGAGUAUGGAUACUGUGGUGUCCUGUGUUUUGUGUACUCACUCAUUUGCUGGUUACUCUGUUUGGUAACUUUGUGUGUUUCUGGGAAAAGGGGAAUUUAAGCAAGUUGCCCUUGGGCGUACAUUACCCGUAGGAAGAAUAUUGUCUAAAAACACUAGUUAGACCUGAGCGGACCACCCACUGUAAUUUCUGUAUGAUUAGCUUAGCGGUUCUUGAGGCAGGCAAGAUCAGUUUAGGGGUGUUUUACACUAUUGUUUCAUUUCUUGGUUCCUGCUCAGCCCUUUUUCCCAAACCUUUACCGUGUGUUCAAAAAUAAACCUUUUAUGUUUGACGGUAGUUUAUGGUUGUCGUGUAGUUUUUUUUCUCACUGUUCCAUGUCACGAUUAUAAUUUGAAUGAAUUAUGUUACGGGUCUCUUGUCCAUCCACCCUAGACGUUUAAAGCCACGGGGAUCGUAACAAUGCUGAUACUCUGGUUAUCUGACAAGAUCCUGUCAACAUACUGUCGUAGGUCGAUACUCUGGUUAUCUGACAAGAUCCUGUCAAUAUACUGUCGUAGGCUGAUACUCUGGUUAUCUAACCAAUUCCUGUCAACAUACUGUCGUAGGCUGACACCCUGGUUAUCUGACAAGAUCCUGUCAUUAUACUGUAGUAGGCCGAUACUCUGGUUACCUGACACGAUCCUGUCAACAUACUGUCGUAGGCUGACACCCUGGUUAUCUGACAAGAACCUGUCAACAUACUGUCGUAGGCAGAUACUCUGGUUAUCUGACAAGAUCCUGUCAACAUACUGCUGGAGGCCGACACUCUGGUUAUCUGACAAGACCCUGUCAACAUACUGUAGUAGGCCGACACCCUGGUUAUCUGACAAGAUCCUGUCAACAUACUGUCGUAGGCCAAUACUCUGGUUAUCUGACAAAAUCCUGUCAACAUACUGUCGUAGGCCGAUACUCUGGUUAUCUGACAAGAUCCUGUCAACAUACUGUCGUAGGACAAUACUCUGGUUAUCUGACAAGAUCUUGGCAACAUACUGUAGUAGGCCGACACCCUGGUUAUCUGACAAGAUCUUGUCAACAUACUGUAGUAAGCCGAUACUAUGAUUAUCUGACCAGUCUCGGUCAACAUACUGUAGUAGGCCGACACCCUGGUUAUCUGACAAUAUCCUGUCAACAUACUGUAGUAGGCCGGCACACCCUGGUUAUCUGACAAGAUCCUGUCAACAUACUGUCGUAGGCCGAUACUCUGGUUGUCUAACAAAUUCCUGUAAACAUACUGUCGUAGGCCGAUACUCUGGUUAUCUGACAAGAACCUGUCAAUAUACUGUCGUAGGACGAUACUCUGGUUAUCUGACAAGAACCUGUCAAUAUACUGUCGUAGGACGAUACUCUGGUUAUCUGACAAGACCCUGUCAACAUACUGUCGUAUGCCAAUACACUGGUUAUCUGACAAGAUUCCUGUCAACAUACUGUCGUAGGCCGAUACUCUGGUUAUCUGACAAGACCCUGUCAACAUACUGUAGUAGGCCAACACCCUGGUUAUCUGACAAGAUCCUGUCAACAUACUGUCGUAGGCCGAUACUCUGGUUAUCUGACAAGAUCUUGUCAACAUACUGUCGUAGGCCGAUACUCUGGUUAUCUGACUAGAUCCUGUCAACAUACUGUAGUAGGCCAAUACUAUGAUUAUCUGACAAGCCCCGGUCAACAUACUGUCGUAGGUCGAUACUCUGGUUAUCUGACAAAAAAUCCUGUCAACAUACUGUCGUAGGCCGAUACUCUGGUUAUCUGACAAGAUCCUGUCAACAUACUGUCGUAGGCCGAUACUCUGGUUGUCUAACAAAUUCCUGUCAACAUACUGUCGUAGGCCGAUACUCUGGUUAUCUGACAAGAACCUGUCAAUAUACUGUCGUAGGACGAUACUCUGGUUAUCUGACAAGAACCUGUCAAUAUACUGUCGUAGGUCGAUACUCUGGUUAUCUGACAAGAUCUUGUCAACAUACUGUCGUAGGCCGAUACUCUGGUUAUCUGACUAGAUCCUGUCAACAUACUGUAGUAGGCCAAUACUAUGAUUAUCUGACAAGCCCCGGUCAACAUACUGUAGUAGGUCGAUACUCUGGUUAUCUGACAAAAAAUCCUGUCAACAUACUGUCGUAGGCCGAUACUCUGGUUAUCUGACAAGAUCCUGUCAACAUACUGUCGUAGGCCGAUACUCUGGUAUCUAACAAAUUCCUGUCAACAUACUGUCAUAGGCCGAUACUCUGGUUAUCUGACAAGAACCUGUCAAUAUACUGUCGUAGGACGAUACUCUGGUUAUCUGACAAGAACCUGUCAAUAUACUGUCGUAGGACGAUACUCUGGUUGUCUAACUAAUUCCUGUCAACAUACUGUCGUAGGCCGAUACUCUGGUUAUCUGACAAGAACCUGUCAACAUACUGUCGUAGGACGAUACUCUGGUUAUCUGACAAGAUCCUGUCAACAUACUGUCGUAUGCCAAUACACUGGUUAUCUGACAAGAUUCUGUCAACAUACUGUCGUAGGCCGAUACUCUGGUUAUCUGACAAGAUCCUGUCAACAUACUGUCGUAGGCCGAUACUCUGGUUAUCUGACAAGAUCCUGUCAACAUACUGUCGUAGGCCGAUACUCUGGUUUUCUGACAAGAUCCUGUCAACAUACUGUCGUAGGCCAAUACUCUGGUUAUCUGACAAGAUCCUGUCAACAUACUGUCGUAGGCCGAUACUCUGGUUAUCUGACAAGAUCCUGUCAACAUACUGUCGUAGGCCGAUACUCUGGUUAUCUGACAAGAUCCUGUCAAUAUACUGUCGUAGGCCGAUACUCUGGUUAUCUGACAAGAUCCUGUCAACAUACUGUCGUAGGACAAUACUCUGGUUAUCUGACAAGAUCUUGGCAAGAUACUGUAGUAGGCCGACACCCUGGUUAUCUGACAAGAUCUUGUCAACAUACUGUAGUAGGCCGAUACUAUGAUUAUCUGACCAGUCCCGGUCAACAUACUGUAGUAGGCCGACACCCUGGUUAUCUGACAAGAUCCUGUCAACAUACUGUUGGAGGCCGACACCCUGGUUAUCUGACAAGAUCCUGUCAACAUACUGUCGUAGGCCGAUACUCUGGUUAUCUGACAAGAUCCUGUCAACAUACUGUCGUAGGCCGAUACUCUGGUUAUCUGACAAAAUCAUGUCAACAUACUGUCGUAGGCCGAUACUCUGGUUAUCUGACAAGAUCCUGUCAACAUACUGUCGUAGGCCGAUACUCUGGUUAUCUGACAAGAUCCUGUCAACAUACUGUCGUAGGCCGAUACCCUGGUUAUCUGACAAGAUCCUGUCAACAGUAUAG